UGUAGCUAAAAACAAACGCUCUCCUAUUUGAAAAGGAUAAUAAUGAAUUCAGAGUAUUCGCAUUUGUUUGAGAGACUCCAUGAACAAUUGGACAAGGUGGAAGAAAGUCUUGAACCUUUAAAAGAAUCAGAAUCCAUCUUCGAUCUUGUGGAUGGAAAAGAAGACAUUGAACAAGCCAAGCAGUAUGUAAGUCUUAGCUAUGCCAUCAAUUCGGCUUUGUAUUCAUAUUACAAACUUAAUGGUACUUCCACCGAAGAGUCUCCCAUCAUGUCUGAGUUGCAGCGCGUCAAACAAUAUGUUGGAAAAAUCAAACAUGCUGAAAAGCACAUUCAACCUAGUGCAGAAGGAAACAACGAUGAACAGCGUCCAAAAAUAGCUAAAGACGCAGCUUCUAGAAUUAUCAAGCAUCAUACUUAGGAUAUAAGAUUUCUGUACUGGGGUUUUAUUUUACUUUUUUAUUUUUUGGUUUAUGAAAUCGGGAUGAAUUGGUUUUGGCUGUUGUAAAUAGCAUUGUUUUCUUUUUAUUAAAUUAUGAGAUGAAAUCAUUUAAAUAUUCCUUAUUUUGAGAUGUAUUGACCAAAGGAAUAGUCGAUGUUUAUGGAGGUUCCGUUUCCAAUGUUGGAUAGGAUGGAAAGGCAAUGGAUGAUUGAUUAAUCAUAUUCAUAUUCAUUCUCAUUCUCAUUCUAUCGUUCUGCCUGUUUUUAUAAUGUAUAACCAAGAAGAAACCUCUAAAUAUUCCAUUCCAUUCAUAAUGGUUAACCUGUAUGUCAUUUUACUUUGGUUUGGACAAGAUCGAAAAAGGGAAAAUGAAUGAAAAUCAUUUCCAUUCCUACUACACUUUUUUUUAGUCAUUUUUCUACUCUUUAUCUCUUUAUCAUUUUACAAAACAAAAAAAACAAAUACAAAAUUUCAGAAAAUCGUGUCUAUUCAUUAAUACGAUCAUUAUUUCUAAGUGUUCUAUUCAUCAGGCG